GAUUGGGGCUCGAAGCUGAGGGAGGCUGUCCCAAGAGAGGCGAAUGGCGACCCAGAGAAGAGGGAGGGCUGCGGCCGCGGCAGCCCGAGCAGGGGAAAUUCCCCCCGAGCCAUGCCCAGGAGGGUGCAGCGGGUAACGGGCUGCCAGAGCACAUCCCUCCCCACCCAGCGCGGCACAGAGACCCUGGGGCCCCAGACAAAAGCUGCCCGAAAUACCAGAGAAACAGAGGGCGCCGGGCUAGAGCCCGCUGGGGAGGAGACGCUGAUCCGCAGCGAGCAGCCAGGGGGAGCGGGGAGGUCAGUGCUCAUCUAGCAAACAAGUCACGUCUUUUUUUGUUGUUGAGGGCAAAGGGGAGAGAGACGCCAUGCUCAGGCUGUGCUGGGAACUAAUGUGAUACCUACUGAAGAUGGCGUAUAUACAGGACAGUUGGAACCAAUAAAUGAGGAUAAACAAUCAAAAUGAGGACAAAGAUGGAGACUCUGAUAACACAGCCAGUGAGCCGCCUCCAACUCCUCAAGACUCUUCUCCUGACAGAAGGCGAUCAUCUUCAGAUACAUCACGGUCUGCUUACAGCCUUCCAAGGCGGAUUUCAAGUCUAGAAUCAAGAAGGCCAAGUUCUCCACUAAUUGACAUUAAACCUAUUGAGUUUGGAAUUAUAGGAGCUAAAAAAGAAAUAGUUCAGCCAACUAUCUUGAGAAAAACAUAUACCCCAGAUGACUAUUUUAGAAAAUUCGAACCAAGACUCUACUCUCUUGAUUCUAAUAGUGAUGACAUGGACUCCUUGACAGAUGAGGAAAUCUUGUCGAAGUAUCAACUGGGCAUGCUGCAUUUUAGCACACAGUAUGAUCUGUUGCAUAAUUAUCUAAUUGUGAGGGUAAUUGAGGCUAGAGAUCUGCCUCCUCCAAUUUCAUAUGAUGGUUCAAGACAAGAUAUGGCUCAUUCCAACCCUUAUGUCAAGAUCUGCCUCCUUCCAGAUCAGAAGAACUCCAAGCAGACAGGAGUAAAACGUAAAACCCAGAACCCAGUGUUUGAGGAGAGAUACACCUUUGAAAUCCCAUUUUUAGAAGCCCAAAGAAGAACUCUACUUUUAACCAUAGUGGAUUUUGACAAAUUCUCACGCCACUGUGUCAUAGGCAAAGUGUCAAUGCCGUUAAGUGAAGUUGACCUUGUGAAGGGUGGACAUUGGUGGAAGGCCCUUGUUCCCAGUUCACAGAAUGAAGUCGAGUUGGGAGAGCUGCUGCUAUCACUAAAUUACCUUCCCAGUGCAGGACGACUGAAUGUAGACAUUAUUCGAGCGAAACAACUUCUUCAGACCGAUAUGAGCCAAGGUUCAGAUCCCUUUGUGAAAAUUCAGCUGGUUCAUGGAUUAAAAUUAGCCAAAACCAAGAAAACCUCUUGUAUGAAGGGUACAAUAGAUCCUUUCUACAACGAGUCCUUCAGUUUCAAGGUUCCGCAAGAAGAACUGGAAAAUGCCAGCUUAGUAUUUACAGUUUACGGCCACAACGUGAAAAGCAGCAAUGACUUUGUUGGAAGGAUUGUGAUCGGUCAAUAUUCUACAGGCUCACCAGAGUCAAACCAUUGGCGUCGAAUGCUCAAUUCCCAUCGGACAGCCGUGGAGCAAUGGCACAGCUUGCGGUCCAGGGCUGAGUGUGAUCGCGUCUCGCCAGCAUCUCUUGAGGUGACGUGAGAAUGGUCCUUCAUCACAACACAAGCAAACAACUGAGGAAAAAAAUGAAACCCACACGCGCUCCCAUGUGAUUUCCAUGGAAUUGAAAGUAACUGUUACAGCUGCUGGUAACAAACUGGCUGCGUUAGCCUACGUGCCUCAGUGGACCUUCAUAAUGCAAACCAUGUAUCACUUGUUCCUGUGCCCAUUAUUUUUGCAGGGUCACUACUAAUGUGGCCUGUUGGACCUGUUACUAUUUGUAUCAUCUGCUGCAUCCACACCACUGUUUUUAAUCCAUGUACAUUAUAAUGGAGAUUAUUCAAAAGGUCACUAUUAAUGCAGAAGCGUUCUUCACCUGCUUCAGCGUAUUGCAGAGCAGAUUAUAGGCUGAUCUGCCAUGGAGAUUCUGAGUUAACUGGAAACUUUUUGAGUUGCCUCCGCUACCCUUACAGUACCGAUCCAUGACUCAUUUUAUUGGAGAUGUAAGUAUUUGUGUGUUCUCUUUGGUGAAUGUGGUAAAUAAGUUAGAGUAUUUGUUUUUUAAAUGAUAGAACAUGUGGUAAAAUCACUUCUAACUCCAGUUUUGUCUUUGUACUAGUUCAACAAAAUUAAACUCCUGUUAGUAUGUAUGUGUGCCUUUGUGCAUCUGGGUGUGUGUAUGUGUUUGUGUGUGUGCAAGUGCAGUGUUACGCACACAGACCCUCACAUACAACCAUGUAUAACAUGGAGCUAAUGUUAUGUCAGUAAUGAGACCCUGCCACUCUAAUAUAGCAAUCUCUGUAUGUAAAGUAGAUAGAGUAUGAUAUAGCAAAAUAAACCUUUUCAAUCAAGUGUAUUCUGGAAAAGUCAUGGCAAGUUUUAAAGACCUUUCUUAUGUUGUGCAAAAGAUCCUGCUUUGGGAGCUUUUGCAGUAAGAACACCCCAAACAACACCCGGUUUUAAUUCCCUUCUUAGCAGGCUGCAGUGGGUCUUUCUGUGUUUUAUGUACUAAACAAGGUAGUUUUUCAAACCACUGAGCGAGUUUUAGCUACAAUCAAGCUGUCUGUUCUGUUGGAUGCUUCUGUACAUUUUUUCAUGGCAUAUUGUCUGGUAUGAUGGAGAGUGUAUAUUUAUUGAAAAUAAAGAUCUAUUUAUUUGUGCCA